AUGAGUGCUAUUCAAGUUAUUAGAGAAUUCUCAGAAUCUUCCAAAGGGCCGGAGGCUUAUGAUGAGAUUACCACCGUGGGUAAGGAUUCCUCUGAGAAUGAAGCUGCUGACGAUGUGUUUGAUAUGGAUUUUUCUUGGCCUUCUGUCAGAGAUUAUAUCAAGACGAGAUUCACUGAUCUAUUCCCUUCAAAGGAAAUGUUGAAAGCCAAUAGAAAGAUGCUUAAUCCAAUUCCUGGAUUAAUGUUAAUGGGCCGCAAGCAAUGGCUCAUGUUUUUUUCAGCAUUUCUAGGAUGGACGUGGGUUGCAUACGAUUUCUUCACCAUCUCAUUGAAUAUCAAGAAUUUAUCUGUGGAGUUUGACAAGACGGUCACUGAGAUUACCUGGGGAAUCACUACAGUUUUAAUGCUACGUACUGCUGGAAGUUUAGUCUUUGGAUAUUUGGGGGACCGGUACGGAAGAAAAUGGCCUCUUGUUAUUAAUCUUUUGCUGGUUUCCAUCUUACAAAUUGGUACCGGUUUCGUCAAGACGUAUGACCAAUUUUUGGGCGUCAGAGCAGUUUUUGGCAUAUUACUUGGUGGAGUCUACGGUAAUGCUACAGCUACUGCUUUAGAUGAUUGUCCUACGGAGGCCCGUGGUUUCAUUUCCGGUUUCUUGCAGCAGGGCUACACAUUUGGUUAUUUAAUGGCUGUCAUCUUUAAUAGAGCCAUUGCUGCUAAUACCUCUAAGGGCUGGAGAGCUAAUUAUUGGUUUGGCUCUGGCGUCAUGUUUCUUAUCGUCAUAUUCAGGUGCUUACUCCCAGAGACGGAUUCUUUCAGAAGAUCCAAAGAGAUUGAAAAGUAUAAUCAGGAACACGGUAUUCAUCAAAAAAGCUUUAAGCAAAAGGCUGCCGCCGCUUGUAAGACACACUGGUUGAUUAUGAUUUACCUUGUAUUUUUUGCUGCUGCUUUCAAUUUCAUGUCACAUGGCUCUCAAGAUUUAUAUCCUACAUUGUUGACUGUUCAGUAUAAUUUCUCUGAAGAUAGGUCUACUGUAACUAACUGUGUGGCCAAUAUAGGUGCACUAUGUGGCGGUAUCACAGUGGGCCACCUUUCGAACUUUGUUGGAAGAAGACUAUCCAUAAUUAUUUGCUGCAUUGCUGGCGGUGCGUUAAUCUAUCCUUGGGCUUUUGUUUCUGGCAGUGGAAUCAACGCUGGGGCAUUUUUCUUGCAAUUCUGUGUUCAAGGGGCAUGGGGAUCUGUUCCCGUUCAUCUCUCAGAAUUAGCACCUGCAGAGUUUAGAGCUUUUGUUGUUGGUUUAGCAUACCAAUUGGGUAAUCUAGCGUCAUCAGCUUCUUCUACCAUUGAAACAAGUAUAGGAGAAAAUUUUCCGAUAACUUUACCAGACAGUAAGCCAGGUUACAACUACGCUAAGGUGAUGGCUAUCUUCGUUGGAUGUGUUUUUGCUUACACUGUUUUUAUUGUUUUUGUUGGUCCGGAAAGAAGAAAUGUGUCCUUACAGGCUGAUCAGGAAGAAAUAAUUCAGGCAGAAAGAAAGGAUUUUGGAGUCGAUCCAUAA